UCAAUCAGCACAACACUCCACCCUCACGCGCGCGCUCGCGGCGCGUACUGGACGAGGUGAGUGGAUGUAUUCAGCUGCGCGCGUCUUGAGGUGAAGCGAUCUGCUUGGGUCCUGAUUUCCACGCGCGUUUGCUAUGAGGACACCGACAGAAGCAGAACAAAGCUGGUGACGGACCAGAUGAAAUGGACCUGGAGAACAGCGACCGAACCGCCUCGACCCCACGGUAACGCGAGCGAGGUGACGCGUGGAAUACUGAGCGAAGAAUGGCUGCUCCUGAUCUCCUUGAUCCUAAAACAGCUGCUCACAACUCCAAACCACGCCUGUCAUUCUCAGCCAAGCCCGUGGUGUUGAACACAUCAGAGGACUACGAGCCUCAUGUGAGCGUCAUGCGCUGGAAAACUGUGCUAACCGUCUUUCUGCUGGUGGUGCUCUAUUUAAUUCUCGGAGCGACUGUGUUUAAAGAGCUAGAACAGCCAUACGAAACAUCCCAAAAACUGUCCAUACUGGCAGAAAAACUGCAGUUCCUCUUGGAUCAUCCUUGUGUCAACUCAUCAGACCUGGAAUAUUUAGUGAAGCAAGUGGCAUCAGCCAUACGAUCAGGUGUGAACCCUUCAGGAAACUCAUCCAAUCAGAGCAGCUUUUGGGAUCUCAGCAACUCGUUUUUCUUCGCUGGAACAGUUAUUACAACAAUAGGGUUUGGGAAUAUCGCACCUCACACAGAAGGGGGACGUAUCUUCUGUAUUAUCUACGCCCUGUUGGGAAUUCCUCUGUUUGGAUUCCUGCUGGCAGGAGUGGGAGAUCAGCUCGGAACGAUCUUUGGAAAGGGAAUUACUAAAGUGGAAAAGAUGAUUGAUAAGUGGAAUGUGAGUCAGACGAAGAUUCGUGUGAUCUCCACACUUCUCUUCAUUCUGUUCGGCUGUCUUCUCUUCGUCACGAUGCCGGCUGUCAUAUUCAAACACAUCGAGGGCUGGAGCGCGCUUGAGUCAAUCUAUUUUGUCGUCAUCACCUUGACAACAAUUGGAUUUGGAGAUUUCGUUGCGGGUGAGGGCGAGCGACGUCACCAAGGAGAGAAUAAUGGUGGUUCUGAGUUGGAGUACCUGGAUUAUUAUAAACCUGUUGUGUGGUUCUGGAUCCUGAUUGGUUUGGCUUAUUUUGCUGCUGUUCUCAGUAUGAUUGGAGACUGGUUUCGUGCCAUAUCUAAGAAAACAAAAGAGGAGGUAGGUGAAUUCAGGGCUCACGCUGCUGAAUGGACGGCUAACGUGUCUGCUGAAUUCAAAGAGACCCGUCGUCGCCUCAGUGUGGACAUCUACGACAAAUUCCAGCGGGCUGCAUCCAUCAAACGCAAACUGUCGGCUGAAAUUGUCCUUAAUCUACCUGACAAUCAGCAAAUGACACCAGGGAAGCGCACACGGUCUGUUAACCUCGGAGAUGAGAGAGAGGUCGAGCCAUUCCCUCUUGUGCGAAAUGGAAGUUUGUUCCUAAACGGUCUCAGUCCGGAUUACGCCUGCUACCGGGAUAAAGCUAUAGUACGAACAAAAUAAAGUGCAUGCACAGACUGAUAAAGACAAGCAUGGAUAAAACAAUGAAAGACAAAGAAAAGCAUGUGAACCAGACAGUGAAAUGUUCACAGAGAGAGAAUACAGGUUAUACACCUGCAUGAUCUGUCCUCACUACAGGUUUAAUACAUCUGUUGUUUCUAACUUCACACCAUUCAGAGAGACUCGCCAGUUAAAGGGCAACAUCUGCAUCAGAUGAAGAGGAUCUGCACCACACGUAUCAUCAGAGAUGAACCACUAUGAUCCUGUCUGAAUAUAUGAGACAUAAUUAUAAAGUGAAUUAACCUUUGCUCACAUUAAUGUUCACCUCUUGUAGUCAGACUGGUUAAUAAGAGUCUGUUACAUGCUAUUAAAUAAUCUCACUGCUCAUAAAGGCACCAGUGACACAUUUUUUACACAGUCACACCUGUUCGUGAUGAAAGCGGAGGGCACGACCGGGAACCACCGAGACACCUAAACAUCUGCUCCAUAAUGAACAGUUUUGUUUUCUGAAAUCAGCCAGUGUACGCAUGGCUCGAAUCAAGAGACUGAAGCAGUGGAAGAUGAAAGGUUGAACGUGGUAACCUGUGACAUCCAGGACUGUGGAGGAGAGAGGACACAGUUGCCAUGGAGAUCUGCAACAUGUUUUAUGCCACCAGCGCAACAGAUACUGCUGCAAGUUGUUACUAUGGUUACUUACCACGAAACGACAGUAAAUUUUGUCUUCCUCGCAUCCUCUUGACACUUGACACAGGGAAUGAUGUGGCAAAGCGUUUCCCAAAUGAAUCAUAUGUUUCAAAUUCACCAGGUCUUAACACUCUUUAAAGCAAUUACAACAGGUGAAGGAAAUAUAAUGACAUUUAAAACAGGUGAGGUAUGAAACUUGUGAAGGGUCUAGCUGAACUUUUCAAUAUGACUGUCAUCUUACAAUAAGUUUUUAGCUACACAAAGUAAAAACAACUAAAUAUCUUUUGUUAGUGGGACAACAUAUUAACUAUCAUUCAGAUUUUGGGGAUAGAUUUGUGCAGAUUUGAUUUUACCCAUCAGAUUAUAGUGUUGGUUAAUCACUAUAGUUUAGUCACAAGACAUUUAGUCAUGUAAGAACCAAUUAGAUGUUUCUGAUGAACUGAUGUUAAUGAUGUGCAGCCAUGUUUGAUAGUUUUAUGAUUGAUUAUUAAAUAUAUUCUGUUUUUUUUUAAUGCCAAAUGCUAUCAUCCCGGCAAGCAAAAGAUGUCAUUUUACCCUCUACGCUAAAAAAAAAAUAUUCAAGCCCUUCUCAGAAAUUACACAUUCAAAUUGUGUUCAAUUAAUUAAAAAUACCUCACUAAGAGCAAUAAGUAUAUAUAUUAAAUUAGUCUAACACAAAAUGAAUAUGUACUAUAAUUUAUUGAUUUCUUUUUAAUAGCGUUAAUACAAUUAGUUUGGGUUCUGGAAAAAGCAUACCGGUUUUUUAUCUCAACCUAAUUUUAUCACGUUCCAGUCCACUUAAUCAUUUUAUGUUGGAACAACAUGAAUUAUUUUUGUUGCUAUUACUAGCUGGUUCGUGGAUCUGUAUUUCCCAGCAUGCUUUGCAGCAACUGCUUUUGGAGAGCAUUUUUUUAAAUUAAGUGUUAUUUUAUGCAUUUGUAAAGAGAAAGACUUAAUAGUGUUUAAUGUUCGUUUAUCUUAUUGAUUUAGAAGCGUUUGUGUUAUAUUUUUUCAAAUUGUUUGGUUACCAUUGUGCAGAAGAGUGGCGCUUGUGGUUAAGUUGUGGAUGUGAUGUAUUUCUCUCAAUGAGCACUAACUGUGUUAAUGCCUGUUUGGAGAUCAGUCUCUUCUCACAUGCUCAUCCAAAGUUUUGAUAUACGGUGUUUUUUUCACUUUCUGAAAAGUAACAGUUUUGGACAUACGUGAGUUUCAUCGGGCAGCGACGAUAUGUUAUUAUUAUUAGCAUGCUAACAUGUGCUCAGGCUAAUUAGUAUGAUAUAAUUUUUUAUAUAAAAUAACUGAAUUGAGUUAUUCAGACUACACUAGAUUGAGUUAUUGAAACUACACUACAUUGAGUUAUUUAAACUACAAUAAAUUGAGUUAUUCAAACUACAAUAAAUUGAGUUGAGGCAACUACACUUAAUUGAGUACUGCCAUCUACUUUAAAUUGAGUCAUUGGACAAACUCAAUAUAUUUUAAUUGUGUAAAGCAGUUUUUAUGAGUUAGGGGUACACAUUCAUAUUGGAUGGAAAUCCUGCUUACUAUUUAAUUGAGUUAAUCCAAUGAAUUAUUUUUUUUUUGAGUGUAGGUUAACUAUAAUAAACUAAAAAGAGUCCUAAAAAACUAAAAUACAUUUGGAUUAUUUGGUUUUGCCUAUAUAACUUGUGUGAUGUCUGAUAUUCCAUCAUCUAAGCAAAGUUAGGUUUUAUUUAUUUAUUGAUUGAUUGAUUUUAUUUUAUUUAUUUUGGGCCAUGGAGACGUCUAUUAAAUUUUCACUGACAGCCCAAAUUUUGCCAUGUUUUAGCCUUGAUGUCUGGGCUCUAUUUUGAUGCUAUAGAUGAAUUUAAAUUGCUUGCCUUCAUUCCAGUUAUACAGAAAGAGUUGUGUGAAAUUAAUUUAUCUUUGUGUUCAUUCGUUUUUGGUGUCAUUCACUGCCAUUGUGAACAACAGGAUGCUACCUUUGUUUAAUUUCUUCUUUAGUUUUGUUAAAGAAAAGGUUCCUGCUGCUUUUCACCAGAAAAAUAUAAUACAAUAAGUUUGCUAUAACGGCAACAUUGUUAUUAAACUCUCUCUUUCAGAAUCGGUUUGGACUACUAUAUCUAUUAUACCGCUCCUUUCAGACAUUCAAAUGCACUUGCAUUUCAUUAUGAAUUACCCUUCAGAAUCCAAUGAUCUGCAAAUUUAUGUAGCUUAAGGUCUGAGCCUAUAUAUGCAUGCAAAGCAAGUAAGACAAAUUGUGUUAAUAAAACUUUAAAUAACACUUUUAAACAAAUGCAGCUCUUUUUCUA